UACCGUGGCUGUUAUCAGAGCUGUGCUUGAACACUAUUUUGGAUGAACCCUCUCUACACCAUAUCUGGACUGUUCUGGCCUUUUAAUUGUUAAGGGUUCAUGUUGGGAAGGGGCCUGAAGCGCAAGUUGAGUGAUUAUGAAGAAAACAUGGCCGGCCUCUCAAGUGCCUUCGAUUCCAGUCGAAGCCUGCCCUACCCGCUCAAGAGGCAGCUGGUGCUCAACGUGUGCCUCGCCAAGCUGCAGACAUACAAGAUGCUGGUGGAGCCAAACUUGCACCGCUCCGUCCUUAUAGCCAACACGGUCAGGCAAAUCCAGGAGGAGAUGAGGCAAGAAACCAGCCAGCAGCUCCUCAGUAUGUGCUGCAGCCUCAGCACCGGCCCUCCUGCUUGCCUGAGCAUGGAUUCCCCCCUCGCGCCUUCGCAUCUUUUCCCUUGCGAGAACCAGCAGGAGUCAAAUGGUUGCGAGCCACGGCCGGCCGAAGGCCCCCUUGAAAACAGCCUCUUGAUGGUUUCUGAUAAUGACAUGUCAUCUGCCAUUUCCUCCAUUCUGAAAGACUUGGAUUUUAUGGAGGACGUGAGCCCGCCCACCUGUCUGCCUGCCCCUGGAGAAGAUCAGGUCACGGGUCCUGAGACCCUCGGCCUUCGGUCAGAAGAUGACAGGCAGGAUUUGAAGGGAGUGGAAUGUGUGUUUGGCUCCUUUGAAAUUUUAAACUCAACUAGCUACUUGAAAGACUUGGCUAUAGACGACAUCUUUGAAGAUAUUGAUACUUCGAUGUACGAUUCGGACUUUGACUGCCCCUCACUGACGCUUCCGAGACCGUCCCCUGUGGCACCUGCGGAAGAGAUCUUGAAAACCUUCCCGUCUUGCAAUUCUUCCUCAGCAAGCAACAUCCCAAUGUGUAGAAGCGAUUUGAGUGACUUGGAUCACAUCAUGGAGAUUCUCGUCGGGUCCUGACGCUCUCCCGCCCCUU